AGCUGGCGAGCAGUCACAACUUAUAUUAGCCGUGGCCGCCGUCAAAAGGCAUUAACAAAGCUGCAGUCUGAGAUUGAGAGAAUGGAGAAACAACUUUCCCUAUUAAUGCAGGCCGAAGCCGUCUUAUUGGGCAAGGAAGCCGUCAACAUUCUGCAAAAUCCCCAGAGCUCAGCAAACUUGCCUACGAAGUGGGAAUUUGAGCCAGUCACAUCCCGUGACAUACUGGUGGGAGCCGAGACUACUUUGGAGGCGCUGCAGCAAAGCUUAAUGCUACCCAGUGGGUCAGGAGCUCCACCGGGCUUUCCAGAAGUCGUGUGCCUCCAUGGGAUGGGAGGUGUGGGCAAGACAACACUCGCAAAGCAAAUUCAUGAUAGUGAUGAGGUGAGAUCUCAGUUCAAUGAUAAGAUGAUGUACGUAGUUUGUGGUGAGGCACGAACUGGCCGCAAUAUGAUUGACAAGGUGUACCAGGUGUGGAUGAGAAAGAGAGGUUCUAAAUCUGCUCUAGGUCAAACACAGGUGGCUGAAGCAGAAGAAAGCAAGUGUGGACAUUUAGUGCAGGAAAUGAAGGGCGAGAGAUUUCUCAUGGUUAUUGAUGAUGUCUGGCAAAGUGACCAAAUUGAUUGGAUUCGCGAGGUUUGCCCUGAGAAUUGUAGUGUCAUCGUCACAACAAGGAACAGAGAAGUUGUGCAAAUCCCUGGGACAGAAUACUUCCUUGUCGAACCGUUGAGGGAGGGUGAAUCGUUCAGAUUGUUCUGUCAUUUUGCCUUUGGGAGGCAGGUCCCUCCCCCUGACCUUGAAGAUGUGGCGAGAAGAGUAUGCAAACAAUGUGAUGGGCUACCAUUGGCUCUUAAGGUUGUAGCUUCAAGCAUUUGUCCAAGAAACCAAGACAGCAGACUUUGGGAUCGGUGGCUCGAGUUUUUGAAAGGAGCUCACCCUGCCCAAUCUCGGCCUGGUGCAGUCGCUGACUUUGACACAAAAGUUAUAAAGACACUCCAGAGAUCCAUUGAAGCUCUUGCCGAGAUAGACUCCUCAGGCUGCGUCAUGGACAUGUUUCUGGAUCUCGCUGGCUUUCCAGAAGACGAACGAGUGUCACGUGAUUUGGUUGAAGCACAGUGGUCCAUCUAUCCUUUUGGUGGAGACUCCGGAUUGGAAACAGCUAGGGAGAGGUUGAACGCAAUGGUCAGCUUGUCCUUGGUGGAAACUCACGGUGACUCAUACGUGAGCUUACAUGAUAUGAUUCGCAAAGCGGCACUUGAUAUGAUCAACUCAGCCUCCGCACCAACUGUUGCAUUGGGAAGGAUGAGCGGUGGAGGAGGAGGAUCAGUAGAGUGCGCAGAUGGAUUCAGACAGCGACUAUUUUUGCAAGAUCAUUGCCCUUCUAUCGAAGAAGCAGCAAUUCACGAAUCCACAAGGAAAUUUAUGUCGAGUACGUCAAGUGGCUCCCCUGAAACAAACAUUCCAGAUUUGUCGUUGAAAAUGCCACACUUGGUGAGUUUCUACUGGUCCUGGCGCCGUGAGGUCUUAUUCUUUGUUGAUAAAGUUGGGCAGGAUGCACAUCUAUCACAUGAGGAAAAGUCAGUGAUGCGUGGGCGAGACUUUCUGCAGCAAGUAACUUCAAGCAGCACGCUGCAGAUCAUGACAUUACUGAACUUUCCAAAGCCAAGUGUGCUGCCACAUGACUAUUUCUUAUCCUUUCUGAACCUCCGGGUGCUGUGGGUGGAGUUCUUUGGCACAUCCUCUGAUGAAAAAUUCCCUGGCUCGAUCAGACACCUGCAACGAUUGGAGGUACUUGUAAUUGACUUCAGUUGCAAUGCUGCAGCAUUUCGGGCGGAGCUUUCCAUUAGCCCAUUAGCCAUUGCCGAACUCCACCAGUUGAGAGUGCUGAGAAUGUCUGGAGUUACAUUUCCUUUAUUAUGGAAUGAUAAUCGGGUGUUGCUGUUUCUGCUAAGCUCACCAUGUCUGCAUCUGCAGGACUUUUCCAUAAGUUUAUUCAAUAAAAUUUCCAAGCCCAUUGUCCCCUUUCCUUUUUCUGAUCACUCUUAUCCAGAUAUCCCCUCCACCAUUGGGAAUUGGACACGUCUCCGUUCCAUCAAAUUGGAGGGCUGGCGCCAGCUCAGAAGUUUGCCUGUCACGAUUGGAUUGCUAUCAUCCCUCACACGUUUGGAGAUUCUAUCCUCCCGACUUGAGUCCAUCCCUGAUAAGAUUGGUGACCUCCAAAGUCUCAUUCACCUUUCCAUCAAAUCGGCCACACUAUGGGGUGUGCCACCAGCUGUUGGACGUCUUUCACGUCUGACUUCUCUGGACCUCUCAGACUCGUUGCCAAAUUCUAAGUCCAUUCCCGAAGCUUUCUGGGGUCUGACUCAGCUGCGACAGCUAACCUUGGCAGCUUCUGUGCUUCGCUACCUGCCGGAGAAGAUAGGGAAUUUAACAGAGCUUAGGGAAUUGGAUCUGAACUCUUCUCUUUUUCAAUCCCUGCCUUCAUCAAUUGGCAAUCUAUGCAUGCUGACUCGCCUCGACCUCUCGUCGUCAAUUUCUCUCCGCGACUUGGGCAUGGGGAUUUCAGGUCUGAGCAGUUUGAGGUGCUUGAGCCUUGAAAAAUGCAUGUCCCUGACAUUCCUGUCAGACGGCAUCUGCAAACUUGGAAAUCUGACUCGCCUCAACCUUAGUGACUGUUCGAGGCUGGCUUCUUUACCUGACGACAUGGGGUCUUUGUCACAGCUGAGGGUGUUGAAUUUGCAGAAUGCCUACGAAUUGGAAUCGCUUCCUGAUUCAGUGAGCAACUUGAGUUGCUUGAUGGAGCUCAACCUGUCAUACUGCACCCAUCUUACGAGGUUGCCAACUGGCAUCUCAGACCUGAAAGAACUGAAACUGGACGAUUGUUUGCUACGAUUGUUGAGACUUCAAGAUCGUCCUGAACUUUUGCAAGGAUGGGUGGUACCUCAAGAUCUUCCAGAAUGGCUGCAAAAAAUGUCGAUGCCCAUGGAAAGCACUGAAAAAUACUCUGCGGGAACCAGUGAUCCUCACGAAUCAGAGUUUCUGGGGCUAGAGGUCUACGAUAACCGUCUUAAGGCAUACCGGUGUGCUCAGAGUUUUCGAACAUUGUGGUUAAUGGCAAGUUAUCUUUUAGAGAAAGCAAAUGCUGGUGAUGUUGUAGCCACCCUCCAUCUACUGUAUAUCUGGUCUGAACUAGGGCAUAUUAUUCCACUUCCUGAGGGUUUUAGGCGCAGGCAAGUUGCUUGGUGCAUCGACAGAAUCCCCGCUGAAGUCAGCGAACAGACACUAUUCCGGGACUUGAAGAGGAAGCAUAAGUUUCUAUGGCCCCAAGAGCGCCCCGGAGCUUUAUUACGGAGCGCGUUGCGGCGGAUGUUUAGGCACAUGGGGAGCGGUUGAUGAUCAGAUUAUGACCGCUGGUGCUGGUGGAUUACACCGAUCAUCUCUUUGGUUUGGGUGAAAUUUGCACGGAUCAUGUUGAGAUCAUGUUUUUGGGUUUGCUAGGGUGGUUUUAUUUUCUCUUUGCUGCUUUUCUUUUAUUUUACUAUUUCAUGAUGUCCUGUGGCACCGUUCCGCAGCCAAGAGGGUUGAAUUUAACGCUUCAUGUGGAUGCCUGGGUUUUAAGCAGAGAUUCAGACUGGCAGGGCAAUGCGACUAAUAUAUGCACCUCUCCACAAAUUCGUCCAGAGGCAGGCGUCAUUCCAGAGG